GUAGUCCAGCCUACACCACAAGCUCUACCCGCUCGCAAAUCAGCCUCAUCCAUUCUCGUCUCUCCACGUCAGAAAGGCAAUCCUAUUCUGAACAGUAUCAAGUCUUUGCCAUGGGAAUAUUCAGAUAUCCCUGCCGACUUUGUUCUUGGUCAGACAACAUGCGCCUUGUUCCUGUCCCUCAAAUACCAUCGCCUACAUCCUGAGUACAUAUAUUCGCGAAUUCGCCAACUCGGUCAGAAGUACCUUCUUCGAGUUGUUCUGGUCAUGGUAGAUAUCGAAAAUCACCAAGAUCCUUUAAAAGAAUUGUCCAAGAUUUCACUCAUCAACAAUGUCACUCUGAUCCUCACAUGGAGUGCAAACGAGGCUGGCCGCUAUUUGGAACUGUUCAAGUCAUGCGAAAACGCUGCUCCGACUGGUAUUAAGGCCCAGAAAGCUGCCACCUUUGCCGACAAUCUUGUUGAGUUUAUCACUGUUCCUCGCAGCAUCAACAAGACGGACGCUGUUGGUCUUGUUUCCAACUUUGGCAGUGUGCGUACCUCGGUUAACGCUCGUCCGGAGGAUCUAUCUCAUAUCGCCGGUUGGGGUGACAAGAAGGUCAAGAUGUGGUGCCAAUCAGUCCGCGAGCCUUUCCGUGUG